AUGGCUCUGCUUUCUGGAUCUUGCACGUUGUUAAGUGUCUUUAUAUUCUUACAACUCGGUCUUUCGGUCGAUGCGUUUGAUCCGGACUACGUCCUUCGGAUAAGUAUUGACACCAUACAGCAAGAUUGCCAGCCUCGUCUUUCGACUCUAGUCAAUGGCACUUACCCCGGCCCUCCCAUAUACCUGGAGCCCGAUGUUACCACCUGGGUUCGGGUGUACAAUGAUGCAGAUGUCAAUGCAACAAUGCAUUGGCAUGGCUUAUCCUUGUCGACGGCUCCGUAUGCCGAUGGGUCCCCACUAGGCUCACAGUGGCCAAUUCCACCAGGACAUUUCUUCGACUAUGAAAUACAUCCUAAGGCUCAUGAAGCUGGUACUUCAUUCUAUCAUUCCCAUAUAGGCUUCCAAGCCAUUACCGCCUCUGGCGCAUUGAUAGUUAAGGACGCGGGUGCACCACCAUACCGCUACGAUGAUGAGAUUAUCCUUAAAUUGGGCGACUACUACGCGUAUGAGGAUUAUGAAGUGGAGGAAAUGUUGAAUAGCAAACAAUGGAGAUGGACCGGGGACCCGGCUGCCUUGUUGCUCAACGGCCAGAGCGGGACAGCACCUGGGCCAGGGAAUCCCAACCCAUCGGAUGAAUCAUGCCAGCCUUGGCAGGUAGACGUCGAGCCUGGCAAGACAUACAGAUGGCGACUUAUAGGUGGAACGGCACUAUCGAUGGCGGUGGUGGGGUUUGAAGAUCACGAAGACCUCACGGUGAUCGAGACUGACAACUCAUACGUUAUCCCAGUCGAGACACCAUUCAUUCAAGCUGAUACUGGCCAAAGAUUUAGCUUCUUGCUGAAGACAAAGACCCAGGAAGAGUUGGCCGCCCUUGGUGGGAAAACAAAAUUCUGGAUUCAAGCUGAAACACGAGAAGGCGCCGCUACAGUUCGCGCUUGGGCAAUAUUGAACUAUGUCACAGAAGGAGGUGUACAGAAGCGUCAGAAUCUAAGGGGCAGAGCUUCUAACCCGGAUUUCGUCCCCCAAGCUCCAAUUCUGGAUCUUCCGUACGAUGUGCAGAACUUCAUCGAAUACACUUUCCAAAAUCCAGAUCUACCAGGCUACCCAAAAGCUCCGACUGCUGAGGAGGUGAACAGACGAGUUACCAUCUCGACCUUGCAGUUUUUGAACGAUUCCUCUGGAUACACUGAACUUAAGCAAAACUUUGAGUCAUGGCACGAGCAACACCCUCUUGGGCCUAGCACUCAAACGCCAUAUCUUGUCGAGAUCCUCUCCAAUGGGACCGUCAAUAGCGCCGUUCCCAACUACGAGCGUGCAUUGAGCAAUCCUGAACAAGAAGGCUUCGAUUCCGUCUCCCACACAUACCCUGCCCGAAUUGGAGAAGUGAUCGAAAUCAUCUGGCAGAAUGGAGCAUCUUUCCCCGCAGGCAUAUACGGACCACACCCUCUUCAUGCCCACGGUGGCCACUUCUGGGACCUAGGCUCGGGACCCGGUGUCUACUCGGCUGAAGCCCACAAGGCGCUGCUGGAAUCUCAUUCCGUCGACGGACGCCCUUGGUCUGGUUCACGUCGCGAUACUACGCUGUUGUACAAAUAUCGACAACAAUCCCCGGACCCGGGCGAAGUCGACGGCUGGAGAGUGUGGCGUCUGCGAGUCACUGACGAAAAUACCGGUGUUUGGAUGAUGCACUGUCACAUCUUGCAACACAUGAUCAUGGGCCAGCAGACCGUCUGGAUUUUUGGAACUCCUGAUGAGAUCAAGAAGCACACUCAGCCGGUUGAGGGCGUCUUGGAUGGAUAUUUCACAUAUGGUGGAGAUGUCGUUGGGAAAGAGGGAGAGGAGGGAAACGUGAAGAGGGCGAGGUUCUUCCCAUGA